CAAUGCGAGGGCUGUUGUGAACCCACGUCCACAUUAGUAGACUAGAAAUGCUGCGCCUUGAGUACCUACCUAAGCGAGAAGUGAGAAACCAAGCAGGCCGCAGGCAGCAGGCCUCUCAAAGCACAUAAUCUACGGAGUAGUGUUCGAGCAAAUAUUCGCAGUAUCAUCUUGCUUCUUCAAUGCAUUUCUGAUUACAGCACUUCCGAACCUGUCUGCCAUCGCCACUUCGCUUGCGCCGACGAGAGUGGAUGAUGGCUAUGCCGACAUGGCAUUCCCGAGCGAAGAACCCUUGCCGAAGAAUGCAACACGUCCACUGGAAGAGUUGAGCACAGAGCAAUUGGGUCUCUCAAGCCCACCUCAGACAGAUAGCAUUCCCACCGCAGCAACAGCCACGCCGUCAAUCAACAUCCUUAUAGCGGAACACAAUCAAGUUGUGAGAAAGUUCAUCGCUAGGCAAAUGGACGGAUUGGGCCACAAUUGCGUGUACGAUUUCGCAUGCAACGGCCAGGAAGCCUUCGAAGCAUACAAGAAAGGCCACCAAUUGUACCGAUGCAUCUUGAUGCAGCCUUCGAUGCCCGUCAUUGAUGGUCUGCAUGCCACAAGACUCAUUCGCGCAUUCGAAACCGAGAAUGGCCUGAAGCCGUGUUACAUUGUAGUUAUGGCUGCGGGCAUAUCGAUGGGGCUAGAUAUGGAUAGAACUCGCAGCCUUGGUUUCGACGCAUUGAUACAGAAACCAUUCAAGACAGAGGGUUUGGAGAGGCUUCUGGUGGAGCUAGGUCUCGUUUCGAAAGGGCCAGUAGGUUCCUCUCAAGACUGAAGUUGCUGGAAGAAAAGAUCUGGUUUAUCAGUAAAUCUACUGCUAUCUAGAAACCAGAGUGGCAUAUUCACAA